AUGAAACAAACCGUCUCAUGCUGAGGAAAUUGGAACAGCCUAAAGGAGUGAGAGAGCGAGAGAGCAAAAAAAAAAAAAAAGACAGACAGAGAUGAAAAGCCCUGAGCUAUGAAUUCCCUCCUUGGUGUUUUUCAAACAGCGAAUCACAGACAAAAGUGAGUCGCUAGCCGGAAUCUCUGCCAGUCUGCAGCUUAAUGUCCAGCAGGACCAAGAGUUUAGACUGUCCCAUUGUUGCUGAUGCCACUGAGGCUUAGAGGACAAAGACAAAAUUCUGAAGGGGAAUUUCUGCACCAUUUUGAACGAUAAAACCCAAUCAGAGGUAACAAUGCCAGGAUUCCAAAGCAGCAGCUUUGCUUCAUUGGUGUUGGCACUGCCAGUCAUCCUGGAGGUCGGCAAGGUCCGAGCGUGUCGGCUCGGCUCUGCGCGACAGUGUGAAAACGCUCCCUUCGUGCCCGGCUAUAACCUCGCUGGGGAGGGUUUCGAUGUGGUCCGGAUGCGUCGGACUGGGGCUUAUGUCAUUAAUGUCAAGGGUCCUCUGGCUGACAACAACACAUGCACACUGUGUCCAAACCGCUUCCACAAAGGACAGAUUCAGAAGCUCCCAGCUUCUGUGCUUGACUGGCGAUCCUUCAGCCGUUGCAGCAAGCAGCUUUCUAGUGCCCUCCACCACUCUGUGGACUCCCUGCUGCGCAGCUCCAGCUCAUUGGUGAACAACAACUGGGGUGUGGGUUUGCGCCUGGAUCAGAUCGGCAAGGUAGUGCUGGGAGGGAGCCGCUCGGACUUGGCCAAGUUCGCUCGCUCGCAGCACAGUGUGGACAAGGCCACUUUUGCCAUACAUGAAAUCAGUUGCACCUACUACAGCUUCAGGCUGGCUGACCACCCCCAGCUGAGCGCAGCGUUCACAAAGCAUCUGAAAGGACUCCCUCGGAACACAGUUACAAGCCAAAGCAAAGCCCUGUACAGACGGUUGAUCGCCACAUACGGAACACAUUACAUCCACCAGGUUCAACUUGGUGGCAAAGUGAUGCGAAUCACAGCCUUCCGGACUUGCUUGGCCACACUGAAGGGCUUUACAGAGGCAGAGAUCAAAAACUGCUUGAAUGCUGAACUCCGCAUGGCCUUGGGUUUCCUCCCUGCCAAUGCAUCCUACUCCAACAAGUGCGACAAACUCAUGAAGGGCAACAUGAGCAUGGGCUUCUAUCAAGGCUUCAUGACCCAUAAGAUUGAGGUCACUGGAGGGGAGAAAUACUUUCCGGACAUCCUCUACCAGCAGGACCCUUCUGACGCCUACCACAGCUGGAUGAACAGUCUCCAAGACAACCCGGACGUGGUUUCCUACGCGAUUUUCCCCCUGCACCAUCUGGUGGAGGACUCUCAAAUCAGCGCUAAUCUGAGGGCAAUCAUCUCAGAGUACAUCCAAGAGAACAAGCUUCAGGAGGACCAGCUGGGUUUAAAGAACUGCUCCCCAACUCCCAACCUGGACCACAACUGCUGUCCACUGCGGGCAGGCCGUGGCGCUUUCAAACUGGAGAUCCACCGAGCCGCCGGUCUCAAGGCCGACACCUUCACCAAAACAGAUGCCUACGUGAAGAUCUUCUACAAUGGCAUAUACGAGGAGACGGCUACAGUGUUGGACGACGACAACCCAGUUUGGAAUGCCACCUAUUACUUCAGUUCGGUGGAUGUAGGGCAAGAGUUGAGGUUUGAAGUCUGGGACAGAGAUGUUCUUUACAACGACCAAGCAGGCGUUUGCAUCAUCUUUCCCGAGCGAGGAACUCAUUCUCUGAGUUGUCAGUUGAGAAAAGGAGUCCUCUACUUUUCAUACAGCAUCAAGUGCGAUGCUCACUUGUCAGGCUUCAGGUGCGGACGGUACUCCCCAACUGCGGAGUAGUUCUGGUUUAAUAGGGUCUUAUUGUUGAGUUGAUGGUAGUAUCUUCUUUAUGAAUUACAGAGAUUUUCCUUGGAACAGUCAGCAUGAUAACCCCACCAAACUUACCGAAGCAACAUCCUAUUGCAGAAAAGUGUGAUUAGGGUUUGCUUUGACAUCCAGUACAGUGACCAAUUUACUUAGAAAAACAAACAUUACCAUGCUCAUUUAUAGACUCAACCAUAUCACUUCCCUUUCAUACUGCAUACUUUAGACUUACCUCGACUUUAUAAUCCUGUAGUGGUAUGAUGUUAUGAUCUUGAUGACCAUUUUUUGGUGAUCAUUUGGGUCUCCGAAUGAAUCAUUCAAUGUGCAAUAAAUCUUAAAAUGGCAGGUUUAUCUUUCAAGACAGACACAAAAAUGGCCAGGAAUGUUUAUAUUCCCCUCAAAAUUCUCAAUAAAGCUCCUUUGAAAUGGAUCAUCAUGGUCAUUUACAUGAAAUCUCACUCAGACCAAACAUUUCAAAAACCUAACCUCAAAGAGCAAGCGUGCUCCUGUUGUGUACAAACAAUCCAGGUUUGUUGGUCCUGUUUGCACAACUACACAAAUAGUCACUUUAUUUACGCAAACAUGUUUGUAUUUAUUGAAGGUAUUCAAUUCAAAUUGACACUAAAAAAAGAACAUACAAAUCUGCAUAAC